AUGGCCGUCAUCCAGCUCCGCUCCAACGAUGCGCUGAACAUCAAUCCGCCCGCCGGCGACGAGCACCUCUCGGUCCACGGGUCCGACUGGCUGUGGGCCGUCUUUGCCGUCUACCUGGCGUCGUUCCUCGCCGUCUUCGCCCUGUCUUUUGCGGCCCGCGCCGGUGAGCGCGUCUUCCACUACGUCUACAGCAUCGGCCUGUUCGUCGGCGUCGUCACCUACUUCGCCAUGGCCUCCGACCUGGGCUUCGUGGUCGUCCGGACGGUCAACCAGGAGAGCCGUGGCCUCUCCCGCCAGGUCUUCUUUGCCCACUACAUCAACUGGGUCGUGGCCUUCCCCGCCGCCAUCCUGUCGCUGGGCCUCGUGUCCGGCCUUCCCUGGGCCACCAUUGUCUACCAGAUCUUCCUCAGCUGGAUCUGGGUCGUGGCCUACCUGGUCGGCGCCUUCACGACCUCCAACUACAAGUGGGGCUUCUAUGCCUUUGGCACCUUUGCCUGGAUCCUGCUCGCCGUCAGCCAGUGGCUGCUCGACGGCCGCCGCUCGGCCGUGCGCGUCGGCGUCGCCCGCGACUUCAACAUGCUGUCGGGCUGGCUCAACCUGCUGUGGCUGCUCUACCCGCUUGCCUACGGCCUCAGCGACGGCGGCAACCGCAUCGGCGUGACGCCGAGCUUCAUCUGGUACGGCAUCCUCGACGCGCUGCUGCUGCCCGUCCUGGCCUUUGCCACCCUCGUCCUGUCCCGCAACUGGGACUACAGCGGCCUCAACAUUGCCUUUACCCAGUACGGCCGCGUACCCGUGGCCGGUGGCCACUUCCCGGAGAAGGAGCAGGCUGCCGCUGCUGCUCCCGCCACUGCCACUCCGGCCGGUGGUCCCGGUGUCGUUGCUCCGGAGCCCGCCGUGACUGCGUAA